AUGCGUACCACCACCGCCGCCGCAGUCUUCGCCGCCUCCCUGGUGAGCUUCGCCGCCGCCGGCAGCGUCUACGUCCCCUCGGAGCAGAUCAACGCCCCGGCCUACGGCGCCCCUACCCAGGCUGCUUACUCCGUCGACAACGGCCACAACGACUGGGAGAACCAGAACGAGGGCGACAACAACAACAAGGACAACAACGACUGGCAAAAGGUCGCCGCUGCUCCGGCCUACACUCAGGCUCCCUCGUACAACGCCCCCUCCAGCCAAGGCUGGGAGAGCAAGACCAAGACCGAGGACAGCCACAAGAACGAGUGGGAGCACAAGGACGAGGGCGACAAGACGGACGAUCGGGAGCACAAGACUGAGGACAGCAGCAAGAACGACUGGGAGCACAAGACUGAGGACAGCAGCAAGAACGACUGGGAGCACAAGACUGAGGACAGCAGCAAGAACGACUGGGAGCACAAGACGUCCACCACCACCGGCUGGGAGCACAAGGAGUCCAAGACCAGCGAGUGGGAUCACAAGGAGUCCAAGACCAGCGAGUGGGAUCACAAGGAGUCCAAGACCAGCGACUGGGAGCACAAGACCGAGUCCAAGACCAGCGAGUGGGAGCACAAGCAGGAGUCCAAGACGGAGUACUCCAAGAGCUGGGAAAAGGCCACCACCACCACCAAGAUUGUCUCGCAGUACACCACCUACUGCCCGGAGCCCACCGUCGUGACGGUCAACGAGAAGCACUACACCGUCACAAAGGCCACCACCCUGACCAUCACCGACUGCCCCUGCACCGUUGUCGAGCCUUGCCCUUCCGAGACCGCCAAGGUCCCUCCUCCUCACAGCGAACCCGUCUACCCUCCCCACAGCGAGCCAGCCUACCCUUCUCACAGCGAGCCAGCUUAUCCUCCUCACAGCGAGACCGAAGCUUACCCCGCUCCCACCGGCCACCCCAAGCCCCCUCCCGUCAUUGUCAGCGGUGCUUCCAGCUCCUUUGUCCACGUCGGUGCCGCCGUCUUCGGCGCUCUCAUCGUCGGUGUCCUCGCUCUGUAA